CAAUUCCAUAGUCCAUCACAGUCCCAUCCCUCUUGGUAACUGUGUGGUGCAAAAACACCUUCAUGCCCACCCAGUGGUGCCCCUGAUCUAAUAUUCUCAGUGUCAGAGGUUCCAUAUUUGUAAUAGCAAAUAGGCCCCGAGUGUGAGUUAGUGAAGAGUGAAUGUAACUUAUUACCAAGGGACAAUUCCAAAUGAAGGCCUUAAAUGAUGCUCAGCUAAGCUGGUUCUUGUGUGGCCUCUGUACCUUCAACAGCUGCCGAGUCUUAUGAUUACACAUGAUGGGACUUGUACACUUGAAGUCAAACACAUUUUUAAAACUUGCUUUGUUUAGAAUUCCCACCUCAUUUUUCCAUGGACAAAAGUAUUCUUCAUAUCAUAAUGCACUUACAAUUUGGUAUUACCUGGGAGUGAAAAGAAAUAUUACAGCCAUGCCUAACUGACUUCUUGAUGUAGGAUUGUUCUGUCAGAAAACCCUCUCCCAGGUCCCCUGCAGCUCUUCAGGAAUCCACAUCUCCCCAGAACUCUUUGUUCUCAUGGGUGGCACCUCCAGAGUGAAGAAGAUCGUUUGUCAAGAAGGGAAACAGAGGGGAAAUGAGAGGGUCCUGCAGGGAGAGCUGAAAUCAACUUCCACUCGGCCUCUUGCAAGCUUUGUGAUCCUGGGCACAUUUUCUCCUUCCUCUGCAAACCUCUGUUUUCUUAGAUUUUGAGCAGCGUGGUCACACUGACCUUGCAGAGUUCUGAGAAUCAGAGACAGAACAUAAAAGGCCUGGAAAACAUUCUCCAAAAAGAAGCUGCAACAUGUGCGGACUUUUCAUGCUUUUCAUGCUUCUCUUACUGUCUGUUGACCUGGUGCAAGGAAAAUGCUCUGGUGACGACUGUGAGGAAGGAAUGAGGAUAGACAUAGACACUCCUGUGUCUCAAACAUGCUGCUUUAUUACUCUGUUAUGACUCUGUCUUCCCUGGGGCAGGACCCCAGCCUGCCUACAUUUGCAGACAGACACAGUGGCAUGUGGAGACAACAGUGUGUCCCAGUGACGCUUCUUUUUUACCCAGCUGUCGGCAGUACUCAGUGGAAGAGUGAUAUUAUAACGCUGAUAAUGCUAUUUUGCAACCUGGAGGGUGGAAAGGUGCAAAAAACUAUCACCAGCAACAGUAGGUGCAGCCUGUGUUGGUGGUGGGAAUUAUGUCCAUCAAAUGAAUAUACGUGAAAACAUUUCCUCCUUCUGCCCUACAGGUCAGUAUGGUUGCAGGGAAGCAUCAUCAUUCCUCAGGAUUGCCCUACUACCUGCCCUACCUCACGGCUGAACCUUUAAGACAAUGGAUGGCCCACCAGCUGCCUCCUCCAUCUGAGUAUCAUCUGGGAGCUGAACCACUUCCAUCAGCUAAAGGUUUUCUGGGACCUCCGACUAUUUCUCAACUCAAGUGUCCCCUAGGACCUCAAGAACCUUCUACAACUGAUGAUUUUCUGAGACCACAUAGCCCUCCAGUUGACUGUCCCCUGGGACCUCAAGCAUUUUCUCCAGCUGAUGACUCUCUGAGGCUGCAGACACCUCCCGAGUGUCUUCUGGUACCUCCUCCACCUUCUCCAGCUGAUGACUCUCUGACACUGCAGACGCCUCCCGAGUGUCUUCGGGUACCUCUUCCACCUCCUGCACCUAAUGAUUUUGAGACACUGAAGAUGCCUCCCGAGUGUCUUCCGGUACCUCUUCCACCUUCUCCACCUGAUGAUUUUCAGACACUGAAGACGCCACCUGAGUGUCUUCAGAUAUCUCCUCCAACUUCUCCACGUAAUGAUUGUCAUACACUGCAGAUGCCUCCCGAGUGUCUUUGGGUACCUCGUCCACCUCCACCUCAUGAUUUUCAGACACUGCAGACGCCACGCGAGUGUCUUCGGGUACUUCUUCCAUCUUCUCCACCUGAUGAUUUUGAGACACUGCAGACGCGUCCCGAGUGUCCUUGUGUACCUCUUCCACCUACACCUGAUGAUUUUCGGACAGUGCAGACGCCACCCGACUGUCUUCGGGUACGUCUUCCACCUUCUCCACCUGAUGAUUUGCAUAUACUGAAGACGCCACGCGAGUGUGUUCGCGUACCUCUUCUAGCUUCUCUACCUGAUGAUUUUCAGACACUGCAGACGCCUCCCGAGUGUCUUCGGGUACCUCUUCCACCUUCUCCACCUGAUGAUUUUCAGACACUGCAGACGCCUCCAGAGUGUCUUCGGGUACCUCUUCCACCUUCUCCACCUGAUGAUUUUCAGACACUGCAGACGCCUCCCGAGUGUCUUUGGGUACCUCUUCCACCUUCUCCACCUGAUGAUUUUCAGACACUGCAGACGCCUCCCGAGCGUCUUCUGGUACCUCUUCCACCUUCUCCAUGUGAUGAUUUCAGACUGCAGACGCCUCCCGAGUGUCUUCUGGUACCUCUUCCACUUUCUACACCUGAUGAUUUUCAGACACUGCAGACGCCUCCCGAGUGUGUUCUGGUACCUCAUCCACGUUCUCCACGUGAUGGUUUUCAGACACUGCAGACGCCUCUCGAGUGUCUCCUUGUACGUCUUCCACCUUCUCCACUGGAUGAUUUUCAGACAGUGCAGACGCCUUCCGAGUGUCUUUGUGUACAUCUUUCACCUUCUCCACCUGAUGAUUUUCAGACACUGCAGAUGCCUACGCCUCCCGAGUGUCUUCGGGUACCUCUUCCACCUUAUCCACCUCAAGAUUUUGAGACACUGCAGACGCCUCCCGAGUGUCUUUGUGUACCUCUUCCACCUUCUCCACCAGAUGAUUUUGAGACACUGCAGACGCCUCCCGAGUGUCUUCUGGUACCUCUUCCACCGUCUCCACCUGAUGAUUUUCAGACACUGCAGAUGUCUCCCGAGUGUUUUUGGGUACCUCUUCCACCUUCUCCACCUGAUGAUUUUCAGACACUGCAGUCGCCUCUCGAGUGUCUUCUGGUACCUCUUCCACCUUCUCCACCUGAUGAUUUUCAGACACUGCACACACCUCCCGAGUGUCUUGGGGUACCUCUUUCACCUUCUCCACCGGAUGAUUUUCAGGCACUGCAGACGCCUCCCGAGUCUUAUCGUACCUCUUCCACUUUCUCCACAUGAUGAUUUUGAGACACUGCUGACGCCUCCCGAGUGUCUUCGGGUACCUCUUCCACCUUCUCCACCUGAUGAUUUUGAUACACUGCAGACGCUUCCCGAGUGUCUUCCGGUACCUCGUC